UCAAUGAGCCAAUGGUUUCGCUUAAAUCUCACUGAAACCGACCAUGGAUUUGCAAGCAAAUUGAGAAAAAACGAAGCCAUCAACAUUCCAAUUGGUCACCUUUUUUAACAUAACCGUACAGAAGUGAUGAAAAAUGGAGCGAUUAUCAUUGUGUCAGAGAAAAAAAACUAUGUGCUGAUUUGAUUUUGUUGCAGGACUCUGGUUCUUCACCACCUCAAAAAUGGAAUCUCAAUCAAAUGUUGCAGAAAAGCAAUAGAAAAAAUGAAAACUUUGGAUCUGAUUUGUGAUGGGUAUCACUAAAGACUUGUGUGGUUUUUUUGUUAAUGGAGGAAUUUUUAAAGGAAGUGUUAAAUUGGAAGUGACAAUGGCAACAGAAGAAACCAAAAACCCAAAUGGAUAACCCACAGAAUUAUGGAGUUUUUGGCUUUUGGGGGGUUCAUCCUUAAAAGAGGCUAAUGUCUAAAAAUGACCUCGACAUGGUGAUGGACACGUGUCCACCCUCCUCGAUCCUCAAAACCCUCGCGAACCUCCAUAAAUCUUGUCUUUUCUUCCUUCUUGAGCUCUUUAUUUCACUUCCUUCGCCUCCAUUUCCGCUCUCAAUCUUCCACUCUGCUUUCUGGGGUUUUCUCUUUUCCAAUUAAGGAGUUUUUCUGUAUUUGGGUCUGUGAUAUUUUGUUGUUGAAAUCACCUGAUUUAAUUGCUUCUCUCCUUUGCUUUGCUGGGAUUGUAACUUGUGUGAAGAAACCCCAUGAUCGUAUUGGAUUUCGUGGUGAGAUAAGUCCAAUCUCAGAAUCUAUUACCUGAGGGAGACAUUAUUACUCCAAUUAUUGCUGUUAUCGUGUCUUGUAGUGCAGUUUCUGAUCUCGCCUUUUCGUUUCUACGACACUUCUCAUUUGGGUUUUUUUUAGAUUUCAUUUUGGAAGUGUUUUUGUUUUUGUUUUCAUGAGUUAGUUCUGUUAGACGAGAUAGGAACUGUGGUUACAUAGUUUAGGGAAGGAAAGAGGGUAUCUGGUUUCGGGGGUGGUUUGUGAUUCAGUUUUAGAACUGGCUAAGAUGAGCCUGGAUGCAGCUGAGGAUGAAUCAACCUCUGAAAUUCAUAUUCCAGCAGAGAUUGAUUGGGAUAUGUUAGACAAAUCCAAAUUCUUUUUUCUGGGUGCUGCUUUAUUUUCAGGUGUAUCAACAGCCCUUUAUCCUAUUGUUGUUUUGAAAACUCGACUUCAGGUUUCAUCUACCAAGGUAUCAUGCUUUAAAAUGUCAUAUUCUAUCAUGCGUCAUGAAGGCUUAAGAGGGUUUUACAGAGGGUUUGGAACCUCUCUAAUGGGAACUAUCCCAGCUCGGGCCUUUUACAUGGGGGCUCUUGAAAUUACCAAGAGUGGCGUUGGAAGCGCAACGAUUAAGCUAGGCUUUUCAGACACCACAGCCAUGGCUAUAGCUAAUGCUGCUGCAGGGUUGAGCUCAGCCAUGGCUGCUCAAUUGGUUUGGACUCCAAUAGAUGUUGUAAGCCAAAGACUAAUGGUUCAGGGCUGCAAUAUCAGUGCUAAAAACAACGUUUCUAAUCUUAAUUCUUGUGUCUAUAGAAAUGGUAUCGACGCAUUUAGAAAAAUCAUUUAUGCUGAUGGUUUGCGAGGAUUAUAUAGGGGAUUUGGGAUUUCUAUAUUGACAUAUGCUCCAUCAAAUGCAGUUUGGUGGACUUCUUACUCUGUGGCUCACAGACUCAUUUGGAGUGGUCUGGGCUACUACACAAGUAAGAAGGAUGAAGGUUGUAUUAAUGGUGGCUAUGGGUUUAAAACAGAUUCUAAGGCAACAGUGGCAGUUCAAGGGUUGAGUGCCGCCUUGGCUAGUGGAGUUUCUGCUAUCAUAACAAUGCCACUUGAUACCAUCAAGACUAGAUUACAAGUUUUGGAUGGAGAAGAAAAUGGCCAAAGACGCCCUUUGACGGCAUUGCAGACCAUACGGAACUUGAUGAAGGAAGGUGGGCUGAAUGCUUGUUAUAGAGGGCUUGGACCAAGGUGGGCUUCAAUGGCCAUGUCGGCAACCACCAUGAUCACAACCUACGAGUUUCUCAAACGGCUGUCUACUAAGAGCCAAGAUUGUUUGAGCAGAGGAUGAUGAUAAAUAUACAAAGGAAACAAUGCAAGUUACAUGAUUGCCAUUUUCUGACCAUAGACUACAAUGGUUUGGAUAUUUUCCUUGAGGCAGAUAAUGGGGAACAUAACGGACAACUAAGGUCUGUGCACUGCUUUGAUGAUUUAGUCUGCACAGCAAGCAAUAAUGAAGUGCAUCAAUUGAAUCCUCUAAGCAAGCAGCGAAGGGUCAGCCUAAACUACUAAGGCUGCCAGUUUCAUCCAGUUCAGAAACGUUAAGAUCCUUCAGUUGUAAGGGUGUGCUAACUUUAGUUUUGCAAGGAUACAAUUACUGAGAAGUGGAUGUAACAACAGGCAGGAAAUAAAACUUAAAAAGGAAGUGUUGGAGGCCUACACAUCUCUCAACAGAAACAAGAGUGCUUCUUAUCUCGGCUUGGUCGCAGCAGUGAAUUAGCCCAGUAGAGCUUACGUUUGAUGGGAUUACACUCCUUCCUUCUAAUCGGGAAAUCAACAGGAGAUAGUUGGUUGACAUUGCCUCCUCCAAGAGGCUGCCAAGCCCACAUCGGUCAGCUGCAGAACCUUUUGUCACCGAACUGACACAGAUGAAACCCUGCAUCAAAACACCAUUGAUCAGGUCUCAAGUUUUUCUUGAAGACUGUUUGGAUUUCUUCAAUAAUACAAGCUUUUUCGAGUUAAUUACGCCUUGUUUUUAUAGUGAUGUUUAUGGUUCCUAUUUCUUGUUUCUCAUUUGGUGUUCUCAAUAAAAUGUGAUUGUUUCUGUAUCAUUACUCUUUUUAGUUUCUCAUUUCUUUAUAGAAACUGAACUAUGAAACAAAGAAGUUGAAACUGAAAACAAAAACGCUACAAAUUGGGUCGGUUACCUCUUCAGUUCUUUGGAUAUCCAUUCCGAAACGAACAUCCCCUGGUGCAGGAAUCAUUUCAAGUCCAACUUCUGAUACGCCAGGCAGAAACCAUAGCCUUAUCCCAUGCACAACCCGCAAGCUUGGAGUGUUGUAUUGUUGCUUGCUCCACCAUGAUUCUUUUCGUGUGUUCCUAUUUUUCUUCUGCAUGUGAAGAAAAUUUAUAACAAAACUAACAAGUGAGAUUCGACAUGGUUUGCAUAUGGGAUGUUAAGGAGCAACUGGAAUUAAGGUCUACAAAUAUCAAACCGAUAUGUGUAUUACUUGAGUUACAUUAACUAUCUGUUCCGAUUGAAUAUUGACAAACACCAAAGGUGCUCCUGAAGAAACUGCAGCACAAAACCAGGCCAUACAUCGGCUAGUUGUGGCCUCCAUGGAGUGCUCGCCUUUCAAUGGCAUGAAUAGGAUGGAGCUUAUGACUGACGAACGAUGAUCAGGAAGAUUCUGAUCGAGUUUCUUGCUCCAUUCAUACUUCACACCUUUUCUGUUAAAUUCUCCACCAUUCAGUUCAGAGCACUGGUCUAGGGUGAGAUCCCCUAGUAUCGCUACAUGUCGAUCAUCUGUUGCCGCCCGAAUGGUGAAUUUUCGUUGUAAAAUCGAUGCCUUCUCUUGAAUGAUGCGUGCUCGAAGCUUAAGCGUGGCAUCUCCACGCUUCACCUUUAACCACACAACUUCGAACUGCUGGUUGAUCCGGCCCAGCUGCGAACUAAGAUCAGCCUUGGCCUUGGCCGAUACGAACAACUCAUCGUUAUCACCUUCUGCAACUCCUUCAAUUACAUCUCCAGGUAACGGCAUGGUCUCGUCCCAAUCCUCCAUGGCUUCUUGCUUCACUUUUUUAACACAAACGACUGUUUGAAGAUAACUCAUUUUUUAGGCUUCUGAAAGAUCAGUGUGAAUGUGAUAUUGACUGUGCAUAUUGUUGAGCUUAAAUUCAAGAAAAUGGUGGUGGCAUCGGAUCUGAAUAUUUCUUGAAUAUGUUUCGAACAUCUCAAGGGUGUGAGAUUUUAGGACUUCACGCCUAGGAAUUUGGCUAUUUUCAAUUACUUUAUUACUA